GCUCAUCCCGUCUGGGUGGCAAUACAUUGCCGGACACCCCCCGAGCUCAGCAGUCCAAUACGCUCUCGCCCGUUCCGACUGGCCAUAACCCGGACGGUUACCGUAUGGCUAGUCUUGUGCCUAGUCUUAGUCCCGCUACCAAUUGCAAUCCUAUGGAUGAUAGUUCUACUACACCUAUACACGCACUACGUCCCAGCACGGCCACUGGUUCUAGCAAUGGCGCGGGAGAUAGGGCCAGUGCUCUAGUACCAAGUGGGACUAUGAGCAGUAUGGAUACGGAGGACCACGUCGCAAGUGAUCGCGUGCUGGCUGGCCAGAGCGAUCAU